AUUUCCGUUUCCGGAUUUCGACCCUGCCUCGCGCACACGGAUUUUAUUGGCUGAUUUAAUUCAACGGUUCACUUAAAAACAGCAAUAACGUUUCAGACCUUUAUAUUUCUGUACUGUGUGAACGUGAGUCGUGUUUUACAACAGAGAGUUUAUUAAUCCGUGAGUUUUAGCGAUGUAAACAAUGCGCGUGAGGUGUCUCGAGCGCUUUCUGCUGAAUUAUCAGUGCUGUAUUUUAUAUCAGUAAUAAGGCAUCAUAGUGCCUGAUUGUCAGCAUGGCGCUGGUGCCUUAUAAUGAAAACAUCCUGCCCUCUUUGUCCAAACUCCACUCGUCUUCUGCUGAGUUCCGGUUCGCCGAACACAGCAUCCGAUUGGCUCAGGACUGGAGAAAAGGGGGCGUGGCUGCCGUCGUGUGGGACGCGGCGGUGGUGAUGUGCAUGUACCUGGAGCUCGGCCAUGUGGAUCUGAAGAACAGAACCACCAUCGAGCUCGGCGCUGGUACCGGACUGGUGGGAAUCGUCGCUGCGCUGCUCGGAGCCGACGUGACGAUCACCGACCGGAGCCCAGCCCUGGAGAUCUUGGAGGCCAACGUGAAGGAGAACGUUCCUCCAGCACUACAGGGGGUCGUGCGAGUUUCUGAGCUCACGUGGGGAGAAGGAUUAACACGCUAUCGCUCCGGUGGCUACGAUCUCGUCCUGGGAGCGGACAUCGUUUACCUGGAGGAGACGUUCUCCGCUCUGCUGAGCACCAUAGAACACCUGAGCUCAGAGAACACGGAGGUCCUGCUGGCCUGCCGAAUCCGUUACGAGCGAGACGAGCGUUUUCUGGGCAUGCUGGGAAAUCGGUUUUCUGUGCAGGAGGUUUAUUACGAUUCACAGAGAGACGUUCAUAUCUACAGAGCUGUGAAAAAUAAGAUUAAGUCUGAGCUCUGAGGAGUGGAACGAACAGCCUGAGAACUGUAUAUGAUCUUAUCAGUAUCUGUUGAUAGCAGCGAAGUGUAUCGCCACAGCUUAUCUUUGUUAUUAAAAAUGUUCACUCUUUGCUCAGA